AUGCUGAACUGCUUCGCAGCAGAGGUGCUGAACACCAUCAGCUAUGUCGCAACGGGAGAAAUCUCUGCGCUUUUUCAGCCUCACAGUUACAUUAAACUGUCUCCAAACCUGAAUGCCAGAGAGGCCUGCACCCAGCCAGCAGACGUGGUGGAUGGUGCAGAAGACAAACCCAGCCCUGCUGAAGGUGUGAAUAAGGACACUGCCGAACUCCCGGACAACACCGCCGUCCAGAAUGGCUUGAACCACAAGCUGGAUGAAGAAGGCGAAAAGCCCAUAUCCAGCUCAGAACCAGACUCUAGUGUGGCUCCAGCUCAACCACUCCCUCUGACCCCUGCUGCUGAGACUCCAGUCACUGCUUCCGUCCUGGUUGCUGAGAAGUUGAGUGAGGAACCCACCAGAGAACCAGACUCUGCCUUGGAUCCAGCUCAACCAGCUCUUCGGACCCUUGCAUACGAACCUCCUUUCAUCCCUGCAGCGCAGGAUGACCUGACCACCAGUGCUGAACAUCCUGCCAACUCCACCAUCCAAAAUGAUGUAAUUAAGUCUCUGAAUAAGAAACUAAUGAUCAACAUGAUUGUAUAUUCUUCACAGGUGUUGUUUAACACACCCAUAUAUGAGCGGGCUCUGCAGAUCUGCUGGCACAUGGGCUCUUAUAAGUCUCAGGAAAAGGUUAGACAGGGUUAUUCUCAAGACGUCCUGGUGAAGAUGCUGAACUGCUUCGCAGCAGAGGUGCUGAACACCAUCAGCUAUGUCGCAACGGGAGAAAUCUCUGCGCUUUUUCAGCCUCACAUAAAACUGUCUCCAAACCUGAAUGUCAGAGAGGCCUGCACCCAGCCAGCAGACGUGGUGGAUGGUGCAGAAGACAAACCCAGCCCUGCUGAAGGUGUGAAUAAGGAGCCUGGUCUGGAGGAAGACAGUGAACCAAACAGCGAAACAGACUCCGCUGUCAUUACUCCUCCACCAACUCCUCUGACCAGCACUGCCGAACUCCUGGACAACACCGCCGUCCAGAAUGGCUUGGACCACAAGCUGGAUGAAGAAGGCGAAAAGCCCAUAUCCAGCUCAGAACCAGACUCUAGUGUGGCUCCAGCUCAACCACUCCCUCUGACCCCUGCUGCUGAGACUCCAGUCACUGCUUCGGUCCUGGAUGCUGAGAAGAUGAGUGAGGAACCCACCAGAGCACCAGACUCUGCCUUGGAUCCAGCUCAACCAGCUCUUCGGACCCUUGCAGACGAACCUCCUUUCAUCCCUGCAGCACAGGAUGACCUGACCACCAGUGCUGAACAUCCUGCCAACUCCACCAUCCAAAAUGGUUUGAACAGUAGCCUGGAUGAAGCAGAGGAACAGUCAGCGCUCAGCCUAGAGUCUGCUGUUAUUUCUCCUCUACCUGCUCCUCUGACCCCCUAUCCCGAAACUUCUUCCAACGUGGCCCACAUCGCUGACGCCGCCAACACCUCCAACGCCCAGCAGCCAAUGCUCGGUCCAGAACAAGACUGCGCCUCUGUGACCACUCCUCCACCACCUUUGACCCCUCUUGCUGAUGAGUCUCGUGUCAUCUCUGCAGUACACGAUGAGCUGAUCAUCACGCAGCAGCCAGUCAGGGUGGAGGAAUCUUUCAACACCACAACAGAGGUUAAAAAGACAGAGAUGAGUGGAUUCAGCCGCUUCUUCACUUGGCUGCAAAAAAACGUCUACUGCUGCUUCCUGCCUGAAGACAACGCAGAGACAGAAUGA